AUAUGUGCAGUCACACUGUUUUUCAUAGGUCAGCACGGAUGCUGAUUUUUCCAACCGAGGAUUUUUUGGUUUUUAUAUCAAAAUUAGUUGCUUUCACAACACCAAAACUAUUCCCCAACAAUUUGGAGUCAUUUUGAGUCUGUGCUUGCACAUUCGACAACUGAAAUUUGAGCCCCAAGAUCGACAUUUUACGCAGCGUAAAACCGAAGUCGUCACACCUUUGGACAGUAAUCACACCAAUACCAUCACAAAAGAAAUUAUUAGAAAAGGACGGCAAAUCAGCAAAAAUAAAGCAAAAGCAAAAAAGUGUUAUUCAGAAGCAAUAAAUAAGAAAGCACUAGUACUGAGUCUAGUACUUUUCAACGUUUUCGAUUUUCAACUUAAACCGAAAACCACUAGUAUAAACUUUUGGAAAUAUUACGCAAGUAUUAUUUCUGGGUAUAUUUGUUAAUAAUCAUGGCUCAAUAAAGAUGAAUCCUCAACGAAAAAUUGUCGCGCAACGCACUCCUUGUGGAGACGAACGUCAACGCGAGACGCAAAUUGCUGUCGAUUGGCAGCAACACACAGCCAACGCACAAUCUUCCGCUUUCUUCUAUCCUUCCUUCAACGAGCUCUGCGGCCUUAGCGCAGCCAAAAAUAUCAAUUACAAUGGAAAACAACAACAAGAAGCAGCCACCACAACAACGUGCAAAUAAAUCAUCGGCUGAAGCACAACGAAAAUCAAGUGACUUGUAUGUUAAUAAAACGCGCAAUUCUCGACGUCGCGAACAGCUUCCCACACCACGCAACGAGCAGCAACAACGCGGCAGCAAACAACAGCAACAGCAGCCGGGAAAACUACGCGCCAAUGUGGACAAGCGUCCACGUGCCCGCGGCGGCGGGAGCGGUGGCAGCAACAACAACUUCGGCUUUGACAACGGGGAUGGCAUUGCAUGCACCGGUCCGGAUUACACUUAUGGCGGCGCCGGAUUAGCAUCUGCUGGCGCCGGCUACAUGCGUAGUGAUCUUGACUAUGAGUUAAACUCUGUGUAUGCGCACGGCAGCAAGAAGCAGAAUCUUAACCAUCUGUUGAAUUUUCAUUGUGUGCCUCGCGAGUCGUCCAGCACAUCUGACUGGCAUGCCAAUGGACAUGGUGUGGUGUCGACUCGUCGCCAGCCACGUUACAACAAGGAGCAAUUUUUGCAGGCCAACUUUCAGUUUGUUAUACGCAGCAGCGCCAAGGCACAGGUGAAUGGCUCGCCGGACACGUUGAUCGAUUGGAAUCUUAUCGAGCAGAUCAAUAUACAUACCACCGAGGAGCCUCAGUGUCCCAUUUGCCUCUAUCCGCCGGUGGCCGCCAAGCUGACUCGCUGUGGCCACGCCUACUGCUGGCCCUGUCUGCUCCAUUAUCUGUCGUUGAGCGAUAAGACCUGGCGCAAGUGUCCAAUCUGCUAUGAUGCCAUCCAUGCAGCAGACUUGAAAAGCUGCACCAUCCAGCAGCAGCAUGCUAUGAAUGUGAACGAUACUAUCAGCUUCCAUUUGAUGCGUCGACGCAAAGGUUCAAUGUACAUUGAGCGCUAUGCAGGCGCAGCCAGCGCUGCUCUUGAGCCGCACGAACGCUUUCCCUUGCUCAGCGCUGGAGAUGAGGCUAAGCAUUUCUCGAAGUUUUUAAUUGCGAAGCGUGCUGACAUUGCGGCUAUUAUUGAACGCGAGCGUCGCGAGCUAUCGGCUGAGUCCGAUGUAUCCUGUCCAGAAGAUAUUUUUAUCCAGCAGGCGCUACUAACACUGAAUGAACGUUGCGAAAAACUUGGCUUGGAGCCAGAGGAACAGCAAGCCAUCAUACAGGUCGUGGAAGAAGAGCAAGUGCAAGCUAAAACUCCAGAUAUUGAUAUUGAACAACUAGACGAAGCUUCCGUCUCAUCCUUGGGCGAGGCGAGCAGCAGCAGCAGCUCCAACAUCAACAACUGCACUAAAUAUUAUUAUUUCUAUCAAUCGAAUGAUGGACAAUACAUCUACUUGCAUCCAUUGAAUGUGAAAAUGCUGCAGGCAUGCUAUGGAAGCUUGGAUCUGGCUCCAGUGCUCAUCAAUGCACAGAUCAUACAAAAAGAGCAUCACUCCAUGGACGAGGAACAUCGCCGCAAAUUCACUUGCUUGGGUCAUUUGCCUUUGACCUGCCAGUUUGCUGUGGUGGAAGUGGAGCUGCAGCCUCCAAUUAUAUCGGCCAGCAUACUCAAGUUAUUCAAGGAUGAUAUAUUACAUCGCAAGAAGGAGCGUCAGCGCCGCGAGCGUGAGGAACGUAAACGUGAACAGCAAAUCAAUGAGAUAAAUGACCGCCAGAUGGGCAAACUUAUAGCCAGUUCAGCCAAUUUAAAUCUGAGCUCUACUGAUGAAUUUCCAACUUGUGGUUUCGAGGAGGAUUUGCCUGUACCACGCGGUGCUGUACCCAUUACUAUUGCCCAGGCAACGAGCAGUCCUCGUUACUCAAGCGUGGCUGCCAGUCCCAAGCAAGAAUUGUGGCCUACCAUUGGAGCAGCCUCGCCUGGCGGCUCUGCAGGCUUGCGUCAGUGUGCUCCAGAUUUUCAGGUGGGCGCAUGGGGUCGUGCUGCACCGGCGCCGCCAAUAAUUCAAUCAACUGUAGCCAGUCGCGUGACUUCGGAAGAGGAUCAUGAGCUGCGUACUGUAGGUCCCUGGGCUCUGGGAGAGUUGCUUGUGGGUGCAUUGGGUCAACAAAAGCAUCAACAGCGUGCGGGCAGGCAGAAUACUAAUGCAGUAGAUGCUGUGGCCAGCAAGAAGCAACAGAAGAAGGCGAAGGGCAAGAAAAUGGUACCGCUCUUUGCUGUAGGCAUGAACAGAGCUCCGUAGGCUGGGCUAGAAUAGAUCCAUAACGCUAUUAAUUCAACACUCGUAAUACAUUUGUCAUAAGAAAUUUUUGUUAACAGCGCCAAGAUCGCGAGACUAUUUUAAUGUUAUUUCAAAUAACAAGUUUCUGAACCAUAAAAACCUUUAUAAUUUAAUUAUAUCAUAUGUAUUUCGCAUUAAUAUA